UUGUGUUUUCACCGUAACCGGAUAAAGAUAUGUAGUCAAAAUAUGAGAGUUUUUGGAUAUUUUGGUACAGUUUUCCUUGUGUACGCUUCACAACUUUUGGCAGCUCUUCUUUGUCAAGCAGAUGCUAAAUUUGAGGAAAGCAAUAUAAAAUUCGCACAGAGAAAUCCAACUUUAAAAAAAUAUGGCAACAAGUACAAUUUAGGAAAGGAUUUGAAACAUAAUAGAAUUGUGGGACCCAGGGAGAAAGAGGACAGUUCUGCGGCAAAAAGUAAAGAAGCAUCUUCGAUUGUGCCCGGUGGACGAAUCGUCAGCAAGGGCCAUAUUAAUACUAAAAAGAAUGGUCAAACUGGAGAUAAGGCGGCUGACAAAUUAACGAGGUCAUCCACUUUUUCUCAUACUCUAGAAGAAGCAAAAGAGUCCGGACGCAAGUCUACUGCUACACCAACAAAUGGGAGAAAGGCUACUCACUCUAAAAAGUCCAAACUGUCAAAAAAUUUGCUUUCUGAAAAAUCAACCAAAACACAUGAGAAGGACAACAUUGAUCAAAAGAAGAAGAAAAAACUAUUUAAAAAAUAUGCUUUAGUUCAAUCAUUUUCUCCACUUCAGUCUUCUGAAGAGUACCUGCCGAUUGCAGCUGGUGGUGGAGACCAAGGAUAUGGGUCACUGAUCGAAAGCGACCAAACAGGGGAUGUCCGAGACCAGGGUCAGGCUCAAGAGCAGCAGCAGCAGCAGAUAGGCUAUUUAAAUUCGAUGUCCCAGUACGACAGCGCAGGAUAUCAACAGGGCAGUCAGUCAUCCGAUACAAAUGUCGCGCAGGCUAACAACAAUGACGCUGGUCAGAUUGAAGGAGGACAACAGCCUUCCAGUCUGGAACAGGCAAUUCAGUUACAACAGGAGUCAUACACUCAGCACCCUCAAGAGCAGGGACAGGAGGAGCAAGGUACAGAGCUGGUAGGACAAGAAGGCCAAGCGACAGAUGGUGGGCAAUUACAAUACCAGAGCGAACAAACAGGUCAGGAGCAAGAGCAAGGUGGUCAAGAAGGAGUUCAAGAACAAGGAAGAGGUCAAACGGGUUUUGAACAAUCGGAGUAUCAGCAGGAGCAGGCACCAGACCCUAAUGAGCAGCAGUCACAUUCGCAAGGACUUGAACAGCAACUACAACAGCAAGCACAGUCACAAGAGUACCAGCCUCAAGCACAAGAGGAACCCCAAGAGUCAGAGGGUGCCCCUGUAGAAUCGCAAACCCUCGCAACGUCUUCUAAUUCUCUUGGUAACUUAUUUAGUUCGGAAGGUCAGCAAACAGCAGAACAAGAAGGGCAGGGAACAGUAAGUUACUCAAGUGAACAGCCUAUUGAAGGAGCAGAGAAAGGUGCGCCUCCUGGUAUCCAGUACGCUUCUUCUAUAGAGGAAGCACUUAAAGAGCCAGCUGAGACUCCUCCGGAAAGUAGUAACGAUGGAGGAGAAAAUCAGGGUAGCAUUGGGGGAACAGACAGUGCGAAUGCUAUUAACAUCGGUGGUGGUUCGGAUUCUAAAGAAGAAAACAAUGGUUAUAUAGGAGCAGGAACUGUCACUGCACCGUCCACCUAUCAGUCUGCUGCUUUUGAUGAUAACGGGAAUACCCUACAACCAGGAACUUCACCUGAUGCUAACGCAUACGCUUCAGAAAAUGAUCAGACCUCAAACAGUGAGGCUACUGGUUUCGACGGAAAUCAACCAUCACCAAGCGCUUCCCCCCCGGAGGAACAGGGUUCAUAUGGCCUUGCUGGACAGCAAUUUAAGAAACCAGGUCCAGGACCGAAGGUGCCUUCACUUGAAGACGAUUUUUAUAAGAUCAUCAACAUCGCAAAUAAAAAUGGUCCCAUGGCAGUAAAAGGAUGUAAAGGAUGUCCACCCCAUGCCAAGUGCAUAGACAAAGUGUGCAUAAUCAAUGAUGAUCAGCCCCUGGCACAUAUGCUGAACGCUCUAUCAGUUCCGGACCCAGGUAUGCAUGUCACGUCGUUCAAGCUCACUUUUUCUUUAAAUCGGUGA